AUGGAUUACGGUCUCCAGAUCUUUUUGAGGCAGGAACUGGAGCGAUUAGGACUGGGAGAGGCAGCAGAGCUUCAUGUGUGUGAGCUACCUGUCGAUUAUCUGGCUGUUCAGAGCAUUCUGCCCUCUCUGUGGAAACAGCACCAGCCUCAGCUGGCUGUCCAUGUGGGCGUUUCCGGGUUGGCGACCUCCGUCACUCUAGAGCAGUUUGGACACAAUAAGGGCUACGAACGUCUGGACAACCGCAGCUUCUGCCCAGCCUCUCACUGCUGCAUGGAGAACGGAGCCGACAGCAUAAAGUCCGUCAUAGACAUGCACACGGUGUGCAAAAAGGUCAACGAGUCAAACAUCGGAGUAACCGUGUCCGUCUCUGAGGACGCAGGGAGGUAUCUCUGUGAUUACACCUACUACACGUCGCUGCACCAGGGCCGCGGUCGCUCCGCCUUUGUCCACGUGCCGCCAUUAGGAGGACCCUACAGCAAGACUGAGCUGGGUAGAGGUCUUCAGGCUGUUGUCAAGGAAAUGCUGAACUGGCUGGAGGCUGAUUACACUGAAGAGGAGCAAAAAGACAAGAAACUCUGCCAUCAUCAGCUAUAACGCCAAACACUACCAUUACAU